AUGCCCGGCGAACCUGCUACUAAAGAAAUUUCGCCCUUCAAGAUGGUUACCUGGAAUCACUUUAUUGUGGGGUAUAAUAAUGACCCUCAUGGGCCUGGUAAAAACGUGAAGAACUAUCCGCAGCUCGUCGGUGUUCGGAUAUGUCUUGGCAUAGCAGAGGCAGGGCUAUUUCCCGGCGUGGUAUACUAUAUGACGUUGUGGUAUCCUAGAUACAUGCUGCAAUAUCGGGUCGGUCUCUUGUUUGGAGGUGCUACUGUCGCCGGCGCCUUUUCCGGCUUACUCGCAUGGGGCAUUUCGUUCAUGUCUGGUACUUCUGGCUUGCUCGGUUGGUCAUGGAUUUUUAUCCUUGAGGGACUUGGGACCGUCGUGGUCAGCGUGAUCGCAUUAUUUGUAUUGGUUGAUUUUCCGGACACAGCGACAUUCCUUACUCCGGAGGAACGUGCCUGGAUUAUCUGGCGAAAAAAGUACGACAUCUCUUCUGUGGGAGAGGAGGAGGAUUUUGAAAUGAGGCAUCUUAUUUUAGCGUUCACUGAUUGGCAGAUUUGGCUACAAAUUGUUGUUUAUUUUUCUAUUAUUACACCUCUCUACGGCAUAUCUCUCUUCUUACCGUCUAUUAUUACUGGCUUUGGAUACGGCACCGCAGUUAGCGAAUUGCUCACCGUCCCGCCCUAUGUUUGCGCUACCAUAAUUCUGGUGAUAUUUGCCGUGUGGUCCGACCACAUAAAGCUACGAUCCCCAUUCAUCCUGGCUGGGCUGAUUAUGUGUCUGAUCGGGUUUGUCAUCAAUAUAUCGGAUGUUCCGGCUGGAGUCAAGUAUUUUGGGACAUUCUUUUGUGUAUCGGGAUCAUAUGCUGCGUUCCCGGGAAUUGUUGCAUGGCUAGGGAACAAUCUUGCUGGACAGUACAAGCGGGGUGUCGGAAUGGCGCUUCAGAUUGGAAUAGGAAACUUUGGGGGAGCAAUUGCAAGUAAUAUAUAUCUCUCGGAGGAUGCGCCGCGUUAUAUCCUGGGACACGGAAUUGAGCUUAUGUUCGUCGGCAUUGGAUUUAUAUCGCUCCCUCUCACAGUGUUGAUAUACAAGAGGAUCAACGCCAGCAGAGACAUCACGCAGCGCGAGUUACACGAGAGAGGUGUAGCAUACGCUGACGACGAACUUCGACGAAUGGGAGAUCGUGCCCCUGACUUUCGUUAUACGCUCUGA